UUUUUUUUUUUCCUUUCUAACUUAUACACAUUAAAAAAUGCUUUUCUUACGUAUUGUACCUCAUCUUGAAACAGACUUUCGACAGUCCAAUAGCCAUCAUUCUCAUCCACAUCCUUCUUCGCCUUCACGCACCGUCAUUUUCAAUAUCAUUGAAAGAACGCUAUCAGCGGCUACUCAAGGUUGCAUCAAAAUUGGCCGACAGAACGAAGCCAAUCAACAUCUUACGGACCAUAUCACUUUCAAAAGUAAUGUCGUGAGUCGAGUCCAUGCUGAACUUGUUUGGGAUGAAGAGGAGAAUCAAGUCUAUAUCAAAGACGCCAAAUCGUCUUCUGGCACCUUUGUUAACCGUAUGCGGCUCAGUCCCCCCAACCAAGAGUCUCGGCUUUGUUUAUUACAUCAUGGCGAUAUUGUACAACUAGGCGUUGAUUAUCAAGGUGGAGUAGAAGAGAUAUUUCGCUGUAUCAAGAUGCGAGUGGAAAUCUAUAAAGAGAGCCCACAACAACAUCUUCCGUUAAAGAAAAAUUUCGGUUUAAAGACGUUUCGCUCGUUAAGAAACCUGGCUUUAUCCAUGGCGCCCCACGAGCAACAAGACGAGGAUGUCUUGGUAAAAGAGAUGAUAGAUGAAUGCUGUAUCUGUUUAUAUGCAAUAGCACCUUUUCAAGCCCUCUUUGUCGCUCCUUGUUCUCAUACGUUUCACUUUAAAUGUUGCUACCCAUUGUUAAGAAACUAUCCUGGGUUCAAUUGCCCUUUAUGUCGAACCUAUGCUGAUUUAAGUGCGAGUGUAUCGAUAGAAGCGGAUGAGGUAGGGUUGUUUUUUCUUAUUUGCAUACAUGAAAAAAAGAAAAAAAAAGAAAUGUAUAAUUCAAUUCUUACCAAACGGAUGAUGUGUGUUGUAGGUAUUGGAAAUGUUUAAACAAUCAAACGCCCAAGAACCAUCAUCUCCACUACCAGUCAAUACCAUCGAAGAACAUGAAGAAGCAGAAGAAGAAAUGACAAGCCAAAAUGCAAAUACUCCUCCUGCCCAUUUCCCUUCUGCUUCUUACAGCCUUAUCCCUCCUACACAUACAAAUAUAACAACAACAACAGCAACAGCAGCAGCAGCAGCAGCUCUUCAUCAUCUUUCUCAUCAUCACCAUCAGCAACAGAAACAAG